AUAUUUUAACCCAUAAGAGACUACUGUGACCAUAUGGUCACAGUUUCAGUAUUUUAUUUUUUGGGUUGGUAUGCCUGAUUCAUGAAGCUGGUUUUGAUUUUUUCUUAGCCAGCUGACAGAACAAGAGUUAUUCUUCACCUGUAGUGUUAUUGUUUGAUGGUUGGUUUCAGUUGUGAGGAACAGUAAAGUAUUAAAUUUACUUAUGUUACAACAUGGCUGAUUUUCUUGACAACAAUUGGUUGCAACAACUGUCACUGGCCGAGGGAUUUACUGUAGCCGAAGCUGUCGAUGUAAUUGAAAACUUUGUUGAUGACGGGAAUCUCGACACCUCAGACGUUGACAUCUUUAUUGCCCCCCCAGAAAAUGAUAUCCUCACUGAUGAAGACUCUGGUCCAGAAGACGAAGGUGGUACCAUAAAUAAUUUGAACGGUGGACAACUAUCAGCUCCCGCAGAAAUAAGAGUAAGAAGACUUUGUAAUCUUGUUGAAUCAAGUUGCACGGAACUACAAGAUAAAAAACAUCGAACCUGGAUUGAUGGCGACAUGGAAGCUCAGAAGACUCUUGCUUUUCAAGCAUACAACUACAGUAAGUUCAGUUCUUUAAGCCCAGUUGAACUUUUUGAGCUAUUCAUCAACAACAGUGUUAUUGAAUUGCUAGUUAAAAAUACAAACAAGUACGCUUUAUUCAAAAACUGCCCAGACCCAAAGGUUACGGAGGAAGAAAUGAAAUGCUUUUUAGCAAUUUUGUUACUGUCAGGAUACAAUGAACUGCCUGGUAAGAAAUGCUAUUGGGAUUCUGGACUAGAUAUGAAAAAUGAAAUGGUCUGUCAAGCAAUGAGACGUGAUAGAUUUAUUCAAAUUAUGCGCUUUUUGCACUGUGCAGAUAACUCUGAGACAAUUCCAAAUGACAAAAUGUGGAAAAUGAGGCCACUUAUGAACUUACUCAAAUGUAAAUGUCUUGACAAUUUUGUACCAUCUGAGUUUUUGUGUUUUGAUGAGUCCAUGGUAAAGUACUAUGGCAAACAUGGAUGUAAGCAAUUUUUGAAAGGGAAACCUAUCCGUUUUGGCUACAAGAUUUGGAGCCUAAAUACUGAUACUGGGUACUUGAUCAAUUUUGAGAUUUUUCAAGGGAAGAACACAACAACAAAUGAAACAUAUUCAAAGCUAUUUGGGAAAUCAGCAGCUCCUCUUGUAUCAAUGCUGGAUGAAAUACCUCAAGAUGAGUUACCCUACCAGUUGUUUUUUGACAAUUUGUUUACAAGUCCAGCACUGAUGAAACAUCUGAAAGAUAGAGGUUAUGGUUCUACAGGAACUGUCCGAAUCAACAGAUUGCCAAAAGACUGCCCUCUUUCAUCAAAAAAAAAGAUAUGCAAAAUGAAUCUCGAGGAAGCUUUCAAUGUAAAAUAGAAAAAGAAGAUGGCAUAUUUGUCGCUCGCUGGAAAGACAAUAGUGUUGUUACAGUCGCAUCGACAUCAUAUGGUAUUGAGCCUAUUGCUAGUGUGAAGCGCUUCUCUCAGUCAGAAAAGAAAUAUCUCCACAUUCAACAACCCUUUGUGAUAAAACAGUAUAAUCACCACAUGGGAGGGACGGACCUUAUGGAUGAGGACAUAAGCACCCACAGAAUUGGGAUCAGGGGAAAGAAGUGGUGGUGGCCUUUGUUUACAUGGCUUAUAGAUCUGGGCACCACUAAUGCUUGGCGACUUCUCAGAUUGUCAGGGAACAAAAUGACAAAACUGACAUUUAGAAGAGAAAUAGUUCAAUGCUACUUAACAAGGUACAAGACUCCUCCAGCUCUUCCCGGCCCAAGUACUUCAAGAAAGGUCUUCGUUGCAAAAAAAUAAAAAUAGUCUACGCUACGAUGGUCUACAUCACUAUGUAAUACCAACAGAAAAGCGCAGGAGGUGCGCAAAUAGAUUGUGCAGUUCUGUAGGAAGAACAGCUUGCAAAAAAUGUGACGUCGGCCUGUGUGUAAAAUGUUUCGAGAACUAUCACAAACUGCAGUAGGCUACUAUAUAUGUCACUCUGGAGUCUACAAAAACUUUAUAAUAAUCUGAUUUUACUUUACUUAAUAGUUUAAUGGUUUUAAAGUAAAUAAUAAAGUAAAGUUUCAUAUAAUGCGAUUGGUUGUUUAUUUAUUCGGAAAAGGUAUCUUAAAAGCCUACUGUGACCAUAUGGUCACACACAAAUUUUCGAUAUAGAUACAUCACUAGAAUAAAAUCAAUAAUUUUCCAAUAACAAAAAAGCUUAUAGA